UGCUAGUGCGGUUCUUCCGAGUCGGCUAGGCGGUAGCGGAAGUGAGGGGUUGAAGGCAACGUGAGCGAGCUUGAAAGGAGAGGCUGAGCGGAGUGGGAGACCCAGGCAGGUCGGUGGAGGGGAGGACUGGGGGAACGCACAUGAUGAUUUGAAGCACCAUGCUGGUCGCUGCCUAUGUCGCUUUUGCUUUCCUCCUGGUGAUAUGCAUCAGCCUGGAAUUGUCUGCCUGCCGUUCCAGGCUCACCGGCAGGUCUUGCUCCAACCCAGCUUUCUUGCGCUUCCAGGUGGAUUAUUACCAGGUCUAUUUCUUGGCUCUUGCAGCUGAUUGGUUGCAGGGACCUUACCUUUACAAACUGUACCAGCACUAUCACUUUCUGGAAGCUCAGAUCGCCAUCAUCUAUGUCUGUGGCUUUGCCUCCACGGUGCUGUUUGGGCUGGUCUCCUCUUCCCUCGUGGACCGCUUGGGCCGCAAGAAAUCCUGCAUCCUCUUCUCCUUAACAUACUCGGUCUGCUGCCUUACAAAACUCUCUUGGGAUUAUUUUGUGCUUAUCAUUGGGAGGAUAUUGGGAGGGCUCUCCACCGCCCUGCUGUUUUCUGCCUUCGAAGCCUGGUACGUGCACGAACACGUGGAGCGCUAUGACUUCCCAGCGGAUUGGAUUCCUGCUACUUUCUCAAAGGCAGCCUUCUGGAAUAGCGUCAUCGCCGUUGGAGCAGGAGUAUUGGCCAACGUCUUUGCCGAAUGGUUCGGUUUGGGCCCAGUGGCCCCGUUCAUGGUCUCCAUCCCCUUUCUCGUGAUGGCUGGUGUCUUGGCUAUGAAGAACUGGGACGAGAAUUAUGGCAAGAAGCGGGCACUCUCCAAGACUUGCACUGAUGGCUUGAAGUGUCUCCUCUCCGACCGCCGAGUCCUGCUCUUGGGCACCAUCCAAGCCUUGUUUGAAAGCGUCAUCUACAUUUUCAUUUUCCUCUGGACACCUGUCUUGGAUCCUCACGAUCCACCACUGGGCAUUGUCUUCUCCAGCUUCAUGGCAGCCAGCAUGGUGGGCUCAUCGCUGUACCGCGUUGCCACCUCCAAGAAAUACCACCUCCAGCCCAUGCACAUACUUUCCCUCUCAGUCUUGAUCGUUUUCUUUUCCCUUUUCAUGCUGACUUUCUCAACCAACCCUGGUCAGGAGAACCCCCUGGAAUCCUUCUUAGCCUUCCUCCUCAUUGAGCUCUCUUGUGGACUCUACUUCCCUUCCAUGGGGUUUCUCCGGCAGAAGGUGAUCCCCGAGAAGGACCAGGCUGGAGUGAUGAAUUGGUUCCGCAUUCCUCUCAACCUGCUGGCCUGCCUCGGCCUGCUUAUCCUCCAUGACAGUGACUACAAGACGGGUACCAGGAACAUGUUCACCAUCUGCUCUGUCAUGAUGGUGAUGGCCCUUCUGGCAGUCGUAAGCCUUUUCACUGUGGUCCGUAACAAUGCAGAACUCAGGAUGCCCAGCCCGGCGGGUCACACGGAGGCCACUUCUCCUGAGCUCUGAUCUUGUGCAUUGAGAUGCUGCACUUGGGAAACAGACUUUGGUGCUUAGCCAUAGUGCAGUUGUCUUUUACUGGUUGACAUGCCAGUAGAGGGUAUUGGAGAGGACUCUACAGAGAAUUCAGGGCCUCUGCUGAAUACUGUGUGUUUUCCAUAAGGGAGGAAUCCUUUAAAAAAAAAAAGGACCAAACUUUUUGUGUUGUCAUUGCUCUUUCCUAUAAAGUUGGUCCACUUCAGACUGCUUGGUCAAAUCUCUCGCAAAUGUCGCUUUCUUCUCUGCACUUUGGGAGUUCUUGAUUCCAAGAGCUUCUUGACUUCUGCUAGUAGACCCCAGGGGGCUGUCUCCUACCGCUAGCUCCUGUAGUGGUCAAGAGGAUAGGUGGUGGUAAAUUAAAAAGACACAACCUCAUUUUUAAAAGAAAGAAAGAAAGAAAAUUACAAUGAGCAGCAGGGGUGAUAGGUAUCAAUAUUUAUCAGUAUUGGACUGGGUUACAAUAUCAGCCAGAUUCCAUGUUGUCUAUCCUGUGCUUUUUUAAAAUCAUAAAAAUAAAAUGUAUAAACCAUU